AUGAGUAGAAAUAGAUUUUCCACUAUAAGUCGUUAUUUCCAUGUAGAAGAUAAUACUACUGCAAAGGGUCCAGGUAGUGUUAAUUAUGACAAAUUACAUAAAAUUCGACCAUUACUAAAUAUUUUACAAAUUAAUAUGCAUGACAUACCACCGGAAGAAAGACACAGUGUUGAUGAGCAAAUGAUUGCUUUCAAAGGACGUUCUCAUUUGAAACAAUAUGUUCGUAACAAGCCGCACAAAUGGGGAUUUAAAGUUUUUACUAGAGCCGGGGCUAAUGUAUGA